GUUGUCUUUUUGGACACUUAUGACCUAUCCUUCAACCUGACCUACUAAUAAUGGUUGUUCUAUUCUGUAUUAGUUUUUACACCAAUAAAAUUAUGCGCGGUAAACAUUUUAGAAUAAUAUUGCGAUAUGAUAAAUAAACAUAUGACAAGACUGAUAUACAUUAAUAACCAUGCCAAUUGAUCAUGCAACGAUAAGUAAUAAUCUGGGUAAUAUCUAUUUACAUGUCUGGCUGCUUUAUCCAUGUGUUUUUGUGAAUAUCCACUGUUUUGAAAACCUCAGCUGACUUCAAAAAGCAAAUAUCGGCAGAAUCGUGCAGUAGUGAAGCUUGUGUAGAAUCUUUGCUUUGAAGGAAGUGACGAAACAUAUAGGCGGAAGUUAAUAUUUAGCGCCAAAUGUUGAUUGUUGAAGAAAGAUUGAACAUGGAGGUUCGCAGAGUGAAGACGAAAGUAUCUGCUGGUUUCAAGAUGAGGGGACUUAUGCUUCGACCGGAAGCCAGCCGGUACCUGGUGGAGGUGUUGGAGUCUGUCGAUGAGCUUGAACUGGAUGAUGUCAUCGAGAGGGUCAUGGAUGCUGUGGAGAAGCAGCCAUUGUCCUCCAGUAUGAUUGAGCUGGCUGUGGUGGAGACUGCUGUUCAGGACUGCAGCCAGUCAUGUGAUGAAACCAUAGAUAGUGUUUUCAACAUAAUUGGCGCUUUUGACGUGCCAAGAUAUAUCUACAGCACAGAGAGGAAGAAGUUUGUACCCCUCAACAUGACCACCCACUCUGUUCCAAGUCUCUGUGGCUCAGCCAGGGACAAGGCAGAGCUCUUUAGGGAACGCUACACACUCCUACAGCAGCGUACACAUCGGCACGAACUCUUCACCCCACCUGUAAUAGGGGCAGCAGCAGAAGAAGGCAGAAACAAAUUUCAGCUUCAGACUGUUGAAGCACUUUUAGGUAGUACGGCUAAACUAGGAGAGGUCAUUGUUUUGGGGAUGGUCACACAGCUUAAAGAGGGGAAAUUCUAUUUGGAAGACCCCAGUGGUACAGUACAGCUGAACCUCUCAAAGGCACAGUUCCACAGUGGACUUUACACAGAGUCCUGCUUUGUUUUGGCAGAAGGCUGGUAUGAGGACUCCGUCUUCCAUGUCAACGCAUUUGGAUUCCCGCCGACUGAGCCAUCAUCCACCACAAGGGCCUACUACGGUAACGUGAACUUCUUCGGUGGGCCGUCCACCACGUCGGUGAAGGUCUCAGCCAAGCUAAAGCAGCUGGAGGAAGAGAACGAGGACGCCAUGUUUGUGGUGGUCUCAGACGUGUGGCUGGACAGCGUGGAGGUGCUGGAGAAGAUCCACCUUAUGUUCUCAGGAUACGCAGCCAUGCCUCCUACCUGCUUCAUCUUCUGCGGCAACUUCUCCUCUGCCCCCUAUGGAAAAACACAAAUCAAAUCACUCAAAGAGUCGUUGAAAGUUCUUGCUGAUGCAAUCUGUGAAUAUCCCAGCAUCCACAACAGUAGUCGCUUCGUGUUCGUCCCCGGUCCCGAAGACCCUGGUCCGAGUACCAUUCUACCCAGGCCCCCAUUGGCAGACCACAUCACUGAGGAGUUCAGACAGAGGGUGCCAUUCUCUGUGUUCACUACCAACCCAUGCAGAAUCCAGUACUGCAGCCAGGAGAUUGUUGUCAUCAGAGAAGACCUGGUGAACAAGAUGUGCAGAAAUUGUGUCCGACUGCCUAGCAGCAACCUCGACAUUCCAAACCAUUUUGUGAAGACCAUCUUGUCUCAGGGCCACCUGACUCCCCUGCCGCUGUAUGUCAGUCCAGUGUUCUGGGCCUAUGACUAUGCUUUACGGGUUUACCCCGUGCCUGAUGUCAUCAUCUUUGCGGACAAAUAUGACCCUUUCAAUAUCUCCAACACAGACUGCCUCUGCAUCAACCCGGGCUCCUUCCCAAAAAGUGGCUUCACUUUUAAGGUAUAUUACCCAUCCAACAGGACCGUUGAGGACAGCAAACUUCAAAGCCUCUAAAGACCAUAAGGAUUAUUUUGGGCGGGGGGAAUCGGCUGUUAUGGUUGUGUAAAAAAAUGUGUUUUGUAAAAUAUGUCUAAAAAUACUUUUGCUAAAUCCCUUUUUAUUUUAUUUGUAUGUACCUUUUGUAUCAUGGAGAAUAAAGGUUCACUGUCAUUGAA